CACGUCCUAAGAGAGAAGAGCAAGAAAGUUGGGCACCACCAACACCAGGGCCGAGUGCAGUGCUGGGAUGAGGUGUUCAUUCCCACCACCACUUAAGCCUCUUUUCCUUUUCUUUUUCUUUUUUUUUUUUUCUUUUUAAAUUUCGAAUCUAGUUUUAAUUCGUUCCCGUAAUCGGAUGCAAUAACAACGAAGGUAAUGAAUGGAUUAAACCACGUUUGUGACAGGUUGAUAAUGCAAAGCACGCAGAAAAUCAAGCCAUGUGAGCUCUAACACGCUGUCGUUUUCAUCUUCUCUCCUUUUUGUUCUCUCUUUUUCUAUCUCUGUGUUGUUUUCGAGCUCAGUUUUCCAGAGAGCUUCAAUUCAUUUCCAUUUACUGGUACUAGGGUUAGGGUUCGUCGGAAUUCUUGAUUGUAGAAACGAGGGGUUCUAGUUUGGGGGGAAAUCUGUUUGCAUAAAAUCCCCUACGUUUUUUUUUUUGUUCUUCUCUCGUCUGAUUUCUUGUUUUUUUCCCUGUACUUGACCUGUUUUUUGGUGGGUGGUGGUGGUUUUGUUCUACAUUGCGUUGGGGGCGAGAAGGGGAGGAUGAAAAGGGGGAAAUUGGAUACAAUGGUAUCACGAAACCGAAUUAGGUUGCUUCAAUUUCUUAUGGGGUUGGUGUUUUUCUAUCUGCUUUUCAUGAGUUUUGAAAUACCGCUGGUGUAUCGAACCGGAUAUGGGUCGGUGCCUGAUGAUGGAACAUUUGGAUUCACCAGCGACACUUUGCCGAGGCCUUUUCUGCUUGAAAGUGAAGAGGAAAUGGCUGAUAAAGACGCCCCUCGUCGACCCUCUGAUGAUACCUUUCUGGUUUCUCAUGGCUCGCCGCAUCGGACACCCGAGAGGCGAAUGCGUGAGUUCAAGAAAGUUUCGGGUUUAGUCUUCGACGAAAGCACAUUUGAUCGUAAUGCUAGUAAGGGGGAGUUCUCGGAGCUUCAUAAAGCGGUUAAACAUGCUUGGGUAGUGGGGAAAAAGCUUUGGGGGGACUUAGAGUCCGGCAAAAUUGUUCUCCAACCCAAAACGAAGACAGAGAAUCAGUCGGAGUCUUGUCCACAUUCGAUUACGCUUUCUGGAUCCGAAUUUGAGGCACAGAGUCGGAUUCUGGAGCUCCCCUGCGGCUUGACGCUCUGGUCGCAUAUCACUGUGGUGGGGACGCCUCGUUGGGCUCACUUGGAAGAUGAUCCCAAGAUUUCAAUCUUGAGGGAAGGGGAUGAUUCAGUGAUGGUUUCACAGUUUAUGAUGGAGUUGCAAGGGCUGAAGACGGUGGAUGGUGAAGACCCACCAAGAAUUCUUCAUUUCAAUCCAAGGUUGAAGGGAGAUUGGAGUGGCAAGCCUGUUAUCGAACAGAACACUUGCUAUAGGAUGCAAUGGGGCACAGCGCUGAGAUGUGAGGGAUGGAAAGCCAGGGCGGAUGAAGAAACAGUCGACGGGCAGGUAAAAUGUGAGAAAUGGAUUCGUGACGACGACAGCCAUUCCGAAGAAUCGAAGGUAAUAUGGUGGUUAAAUAGACUAAUAGGACGCACGAAAAAGGUGGCAAUCGAUUGGCCAUAUCCUUUCGCGGAGGGCAGGCUAUUUGUUCUAACUGUGAGUGCUGGGUUGGAAGGUUACCAUAUCAAUGUUGAUGGAAGGCAUGUCACUUCUUUUCCAUAUCGCACUGGGUUUGUUCUGGAGGAUGCCACUGGGUUGUCUGUAAAUGGCGAUAUUGACGUGCACUCCAUAUUUGCUGCUUCCUUACCUGCUACACAUCCUAGCUUUGCACCACAGAAGCAUAUUGAGAUGUUGACACAAUGGAAAGCCCCUUCACUUCCCAAGAAAAACGUGGAGCUUUUCAUUGGCGUUCUUUCUGCUGGCAAUCAUUUUGCGGAGCGAAUGGCUGUUAGGAAGUCUUGGAUGCAACAUAGAUUAAUCAGAUCUUCACUAGUUGUUGCUAGGUUCUUCGUGGCAAUGCACGGAAGAAGGGAAGUUAAUAUCGAGUUGAAGAAAGAGGCCGAGUAUUUUGGAGAUAUUGUCAUAGUUCCUUACAUGGAUAACUAUGAUCUCGUUGUACUGAAGACGAUUGCAAUCUGUGAAUAUGGGGUUCACACGGUGGCUGCAAACUAUAUCAUGAAGUGUGACGACGAUACAUUUGUUAGAGUGGAUGCAGUGAUUGAUGAAGCUCACAAAGUCCAAUCUGAUGGUGGGAGCCUUUAUGUUGGAAACAUGAACUUUCACCAUAAACCUCUUCGACAUGGAAAAUGGGCAGUGACUUACGAGGAAUGGCCAGAAGAAGAUUACCCAACGUACGCAAAUGGGCCGGGUUACAUUCUGUCAUCGGACAUUGCAGAGUAUAUCGUAUCUGAGUUUGAGAAGCACAGAUUAAGGUUGUUCAAGAUGGAAGAUGUGAGCAUGGGAAUGUGGGUGGAGCAGUUCAACAGUACGAAACCAGUUGUAUAUCAUCACAGUCUAAGGUUUUGCCAGUUCGGGUGCAUUGAGGAUUACUUAACUUCUCAUUACCAGUCUCCUAGACAGAUGGUGUGCUUGUGGGAGAAGUUGAUGCAUCAAAGAAGGCCACAGUGCUGCAACAUGAGAUGAUUCAUAUUUAUCCAAAUUUGAGCACAAGAACAAGCACAAGAAGAAGAAGCAAGUUUUGGUUCAAAUCUGUAAAUAGUAUAAUACAAGUGGGAUAAAUCUAAUCUGGAAGCUUCCUUUUCUAUAAAUUCAUUCAUUUUUUGGCUUUCUUCCUUUUCGUUUUACUUCCAGUUUAUGUUAUAUCCCAUUUAUGCUAUAAAUGGAUUUAUCAUCUCAAUUCUCAA